AUGGCAAUUAAAACCAGCAAGAGUCAAACAAGUCAAUUGAGUUUGCGUUCGCGCAGACGCUCACGCACCUCCAUAAGCUUUAAGGACUUGGAGGACAAUGAAAACUAUGAGCCGCCAACAGCGUGCAAGUGUCCCAAUUGUCCCAUAAAGAAUCGACGCAAGCUAAGCGAAGAGCAAAAAUAUAUUGUGGAUUUAAAUAUGCGUAAGGUGUACGUAGCCAUUGAUGAGCGAUCGGAGGAAUCGCUGGAGGAGCUGGCACAGCUGCUGAGAUUUCAAACAGUUUCAGUUGAGCCGGAGCAGAUGCCGCAGAGCUGGCUGGCACUCGAUUGGUUUGCUGAGCGGCUGGAGCGACUGAAGUUCUAUACAUCGGAGUAUGUGCUGCAGAAAGGAGAGCUAAACUGCUUUGAUGAGAAGAGCAAGCCCAAAGCGCUGUUUGCCAGCUACUUUAGCUCGCCUUCCAGGCACACGCUUUUCAUAUAUGCGCACUUGGAUGUGGUGCCGGCGCCAGCGGAGGGCUGGCUGAACGAUCCUUUCGAGCUGUAUACAGUGGAGGGUUUGCUCUAUGGACGUGGCGUGUGCGGUGGCAAGGGCAUGGCCAUAGGCUGGCUGCAGGCCAUCACUGCCACACUGAAGCUGCAUGGAGAUUUGCCAGUGAAUAUAAAAAUUGUUAUCGAUAUGAUGCAUGAGGUGGGCAGCGUGGGGCUGGAUGAGUUGAUUAGCGCCAAGUCCGAGUGGUUUCUGGAUGUGGACUACAUGAUAUUCGAUAACAAUAGCUGGCUGAAUAAUGAAACGCCCAUUGUCAGCUGCAGCUUGAGUGGUUGGGCCUACUUUGGGCUGGAGCUUACCGGCGCUAAUAAGAGCCUGGAGGGCGGACUUAUGGGCGGUCUGAUGUAUGAGCCCAUGACGGACAUGUGUCAUCUGCUGAACAGUCUGGUGAGCAAGUAUCAAGAGCCAGCUAUGACCACUAUAAACGACUAUGUGCGCAAGGUGUCCUUGCCCGAGUGGAUGCUGCUGCAACGCGCCGACUUUAGUCUCUACAACUAUAAGGAGGAUCUCAAGAUACGCAAGCUGCGCGGCGAGGAAACCCGAACAGAGUUUCUAGCGAAUCGCUGGUGUCGCUCCAAUCUAUGCAUGCAUGGCAUUAAAGGCGCCUUCAGUCGCCCUGGCUGCAGUCAAAUAAUGCCCAUGCAGCUUACGGGCAAGUUCUCCAUCAAACUCGUGCCCGAUCAGGAUGUGGCCACAGUGCAUUUCCAAGUGUCCGAAUAUUUGCAUACCAAACGCAAAGAUUUGCAUAUCAACACUUUGCUUAAGCUGCGCUUAAUCGACAGCUGCGAAGUGGUGCACUGGAACAUUGAUGCGGCUAGAGUGCGCACGCUCAAGCGUGUGCUGAGCGAUGUUUAUCGCGCAGAUCCAAUUGUGACCACCAGCAUUACCAGCUGCCUGCCCAUUGCCAAUGUGCUGCACAAAAUGCUCAACAAGCCCAUUAUACUGGUGCCCUAUACGCGUCGUCGCGACUAUCACUGUCUGGUCAAUGAGAAUAUCGAGGAGGAAAGUUUUCAAAAGCACAUCAAAGUGUGCGCUGGUUUGAUGUUUCAGCUGUCCAAGCAGCCAGUCAAAUGCAAAUGCGAUGUGAUCUGGGAUCACUGCAGCAAACAGGGAUUGGCUGAGCGGCUGGCCCAAGAGCGCAAUCCAACGCCACCCAAGCGUAAGCUCUCAACUGUGCUGAAGCAAAGACUUACGGAUCCUUUGCAGCGACCCAAGAAGCCCGUAAACAAUCGCGUAGUAAAUUGGCUCAAAUCCAUCAAAUGGGGUAAAUCAAAGACAUUGAAAGUGACGCAAUCGCGACAUUCGAUUGCUUAA